AUGGCUGAAGGAGAAUCGACUGCACUUGAAUAUUCUGGAAAAGAGUGUGUGUGUGGUGUUAUCCCUGUUACUUCUUGUCCUCUUCCAUCUGACAUUAGGGAGCAGCUGAGGUUUCACUACAGCCUGGAGUGCUGCUGUGACAACCAUUUCAAACAGCUACACAGCUUUUCCCAUCUCUCCUGCUACAGCUAUGGCUCCACAGGGUAUGGAAAUGGGCCCAGUCCUCUGUGUGAGUCUGAGAAUCCUGAACCGAUAGCUGGACCAGAGACACCCGCCCGGCCCGAUGACAGCAUGCGCCAUCACGCUCGGCUUCAUCUGAAUAUUGAAGAAUCAAAUAAAGAGUUUGUGGCAGAAAGUGAAGAGCUGUACAACUCCGUGAUGAAGUGUCACUGGCAGCCUCUGGAUGCUGUUCUGUCUAACAUCCCAGAUGAGCUCCCCACAUUGGGAAGCAACCCUCAGAAGCUGUUUGUAAAUCUAAACUUCUGGGACUUCAAUGGCAUUGGCAUGGUGGAAUAUGAUAUAAAUAACGAUUACUAUAGCACAGCCAACCCAGGAAGUGCAUUCUCUUAA